AGCACACAUACCACCUCUGUUAUUUUCUAAUACAGGAAGGUUGCGUACGGGAGCAGAAGAGACUGACAGCCCCGAAAUACAGAAUAAAACGACAAGCGAUUGAUUUUUCCUUGACAACAUCUUCAAUAAAGAGCCUCUCAGUGGAUGACAAUACCAUCCUGGUGUCGGAAAGCAUUCAACAGCGCUACUAUGCCGUCUCUGCGACACUCCUACACGGUGACAGUACCGGAGGAACCGGCCGCUUUACCCGUAGACAAAUCUGACCUGCGGCGCAAGAAUCCGCCGUUGUCCCGGUCCAUGCUGGUGUCCACGUUCAUGGGUCUGAUCAUCAACCAGGCCAAGAACAAGAAUCCUCAAGGCUUGGUGGGACUGAGGAACCUGGGUAACACAUGUUUCAUGAACUCAAUCCUACAAUGUCUGAGUAACACUCCAGAGCUGAGAGACUACUGCCUGAGAGACAUACACCGCACAGACCUCAACAGCAGCUGCAGGACCAACGCUGCUCUUAUGGAAGAGUUCGCUAAACUGACUCAGAACCUGUGGACCUCUGUGAACAACGAGGUCAUCAGUCCCUCUGAUUUCAGGAGCCAGAUCCAGAGAUGCGCUCCCAAAUUUGUGGGCUGCAAUCAGCAGGACGCCCAGGAGUUUCUGCGCUUCUUAUUGGAUGGCCUCCAUAAUGAGGUGAACAGAGUGACGGUCCGACCUAAGAUAUCUGUCGAGGACUUUGACCACCUCUCGGAUGAAGAGAAAGGCAAACGGAUGUGGAAUAUGUAUUUGGAGAGAGAGGACAGUAAAGUAGUGGAUCUGUUUGUCGGACAGCUGAAAAGCUCUCUGACCUGCACUGUCUGUGGCUUCCGCUCCACCGUGUUUGAUCCAUUCUGGGACCUAUCAAUACCUAUUGUACAGAAGAGCUCAGGAGAGGUGACUCUCAAAGACUGCCUUAGACUCUUCACAAAGGAAGAUGUGUUGGAUGGAGAAGAGAGACCGACAUGCAACAGCUGCAAUGCCAGAAGGAAAUGCACCAAAAGAUUCAGCAUCCAGAAGUUCCCACAGAUUCUUGUGCUUCACCUGAAGCGUUUCUCAGACUCAAACACCCGAGCAAGCAAACUCUCCACUUAUGUCAACUUCCCUCUCAAAGAGUUGGACCUGCGGGAGUUUACCUCAGAGAACAGUGAGCGUGCUGUGUAUAACCUGUAUGCAGUAUCCAACCACUCGGGGAACGCUUUGGGAGGCCAUUACACGGCCUACUGCAGGAACCCGGGGCUGGGGGAGUGGUACAGCUACAACGACUCCAGAGUGAGCCCAAUGUCCUCCAGCCAAGUUCGCAGCAGCAACGCCUAUGUCCUCUUCUACGAGUUGGCCACCUCCCCUCACAGCAAAUAUCAGACAUGUCGACUCUAGAUGCUGCAGACGACUGAUAAACUGUCCUAUCCUGAGCCUAAGAAUGGAGUAAGUGGAGUCACAACUGCCUGCUGGAAGAGAGCUCCAUCUAGUGGAGAGAGUCCUGCCAUUACAGACUGUGAAUACGGAGUUCAGAGACAUGUUGCUAAGAAAAACACCCUCUGACCUUCAACUCAGUAUGUUUUUUUGAGGUUAGAGGGUGGAAGGCAUAUUUAUGCUUAAGGACUUAAAGCUGGAACUGACACUGGGAACAAAAGAGUAGAAAUUCAGCUCCAGGCUCAGCUACAAGUCAAACUUUAAAUACUUUAUCGGAGAAUAAGAACAUACUCUUCAUAGUACACAUGCAACAGUGCAUUUAGAAAAUGAUAUAUUUUAGGUUAUUUUCACUCACAAAAAAGACAUUUUACAUAGCUGUUCCUGGACCUAAAUUUAUAUCCUUUCUUGUCAUUUGAGUGGAUAUUUUUUCUUUUUUUAUGCACUUUAAAUAUGGACUAUUAACCUUAAGGACAUUAUUAUAUUAUGAGAGAACAUUACAGAGACUUGAAAAAUGUCUCAAACACCGACUGCAAGUUAUAAUUUAUUCUGUUCAAUAUGAUGCUGGUAAUUGAAAAUGCAUAUACUGUGUGUCAUUUAAAGCCUUAUGUUUUCCUGUUAAUAGAAAUCUAGUAACAGAGAGAGUUUGCUUUAUGUCAAAGCACAUUUUAUUUUUGUACAGUAUUUAUAGGCAACACAGUGAAUGUAACUACUGUGGCAAAGCCAGACAUACCAAAGCAGCUGUGUAAGAUAUACAACAAUACUUCUACCAGGAAUAGUGUAGCUGACUUUUCAUCUAAGUCUGUUCAGAGUAUAUAAUUGAAUUGUAUAUGAUUAAAAUUCAGUGUUGACUUA